ACACCCACCCACCACACACACACACACACCCACCCACCCACAGCCCAAGCAAAUCUUGUCUCAACAUACAAUCCUACCCUGCAAAUCAUCUGAGGGAGAAAUCCCAAACACAAACCAAGGAUUAGGGUUUUCGAAACAUGGUGGCGGACCGGUCGAAGAAACCAAAAACUGCCGACAAAUUGGUGGAAUCGGCGGAGGAAGACAACAUUCACAAUGACAAGGACCUCCUUUUCUCUCUCGAGAAGCUUCAGGAUUUCCAGAAUGAGCUCGAUAAGGUCAAUGAAGAAGCCAGUGAUAAAGUAUUGGAAGUUGAACGAAAGUACAACGAGAUAAGGAGGCCUGUUUAUGUGAGAAGAAAUGAAAUCAUCAGUUCUAUUCCUGACUUUUGGUUAACUGCCUUGUUGAGUCAUCCUUCACUCUGUGAUCUUUUGAGUGAGGAAGACCAGAUGAUAUUCAAGUAUUUAGAUGCUCUUGACGUGGAUGAUGACUUGAAAUUGGGUUACUCCAUUACAUUCAAGUUUAAGCCAAACCCCUUCUUUGAGAAUACAAAGCUGAUUAAGACGUCCAAGUUCUAUAACAGAGGACCUACAAAGAUAACUGGCACAAAAAUUGAUUGGAAGGAAGGCAUGGGCUCUGCUAACAUUCGUAGUGAUGAAAAGAAAGGGAACAAACGACCACCAUCUACCGAGAGCUUCUUUAGUUGGUUUAGUGAAACUCAACUGGAAGAUGCAGGCGAGGGGCUACAUGAUGAGGUCGCAGAUAUAAUUAAGGAGGAUCUGUGGCCUGAUCCUAUCAAAUAUCUUUACAAUGUAGCUGAUGACGAAGAUUCCGAAGAAGAUGAAGAAGAGGGAGAAGAGGGCGACGAGUAUGAUGAUGAUGAAGACUGAAACUCCAUUCUACAUUUCAUAUCAUAUCCCCGUCAAAGUUUUGUUUGUUGCAAAUCGAACAUAAUUGUCGGUCGUCGUAGACCUGUUUCACAAGGACCUUUGGCUGCUGCCUGCAAGGAUAUAUGAUCCAACUUUUACGUAUAUGAAAUGUUCACAUGUUCUUGAACUA